UGACCGGCCACAUCAGGCCUGUGAUGUGUCUCACUGUGAACCAGACUGCGAGCAACCAUGACCUGGUCGUCACCGGCUCCAAGGAUCACUACGUCAAGAUGUUUGAGAUUGCGGACAGCGUGGUGGGGAACGUCGGCCCCACCCAUAACUUCGAGCCCCCGCACUACGACGGCAUCGAGUGUCUGGCCAUCCAGGGUGACGUGCUCUUCAGCGGCUCUGGGGACAACGGGAUCAAGAAGUGGGACCUGCAGCAGCAGGAGCUCCUCCAGCAAAUCCCCAACGCGCACAAGGACUGGGUCUGUGCCCUGGCCUUCGUCCCCGGCCGCCCCAUGCUGCUGAGCGCCUGCCGCGGGGUCGUGGUGAAGGUCUGGAACAUGGAGAACUUCUCGCCCGUUGGGGAGAUCAAGGGCCACGACAGCCCCAUCAAUGCCAUCUGCACCAAUUCCAAGCACAUAUUCACUGCUUCCAGCGACCUGACAGUGAAGCUCUGGAGCUGGAGAAGAUUGCUGAACGGCCCGACCUAGGCACUGGAAAGGCCGGAGCCAGGGGGACUGUCAGGCUCCCUGGCGGGCCCAGGCCCCAGCCCCUCUCCCUGGCUGUGAAGAGCUGGGAGCGGCCUGGCCUGUGUGUGCUCCAGUUUCCAGGACUCUGGGGUGACGGCGUCUCAGCUGGGGCUUUGUGAACUGCCCGCUUCCACGGCUAGGGGGCGUCGUUCCCGUCCAGCCCCACGCUGGGUUUCCAUGAUGCAGAGGGCUUUCUGCUGACCAGGGCGUGGCCAGGCAGUGCUUCGGGACAUGGCCUUGCCAGCCACGGGGAGGCCCCCAAGCUGAGAGACUCAACGGGAUCAUUCCAAUCUGUCCCGCAGCCCGUUCAGCAGCCCCAGAUCCUGGAUGUGCGAGAGGGAUCCUGCCAGCUGCAUCCUGCUGCUGGCCUCUGCUCCUCCUGGGUGCCUGGGGUCUCAUUCCUUCUGCAAGCGGGUGCAGGCCCCUCUCCACGCUUCGUCGUUCAGCAGAGCUGGGAUCUGCCGGCCGGUACCGAAAUACGGAGAGGGCUUGUGUGCUGCCGACCCCAGCCUAGCACCAGCAGGGUGCAUGGAGCCCCGUUCGCAGCACUGGCUGCGGUACCAUCCUGGAGCUGGGACUCACUCUGUCCCAUCUGCUACCAUGUGUGCUGCAGGGGCAGGGCUGACUAAGGUCUAGCACCCUACGGCUCACCCCUUUCAGGCCCCCAAUUAGCGGUUAGCACCGUAGAGCCAGAGUGCUAGCCCGGUUCCCACUAAUCACUGGUGACAGGGCACAGUGUCCACUUCAGAAGCUGACUCCUUUAGCCCCCAAAGCCUUGGGGGAAGCCUGUGGUUCCGACAGGUCCCAUCCCUUAUGCUCCUCAGGACACAGUAGUAACCCCCCUUCUGAGGGCCCUGUUCUGCAGCCCUUAUGUUGGGCAGGGCCGUGGGCCUGCAGCAGGAGACUGCUUGGCAGCGCUCCCCAGCAUAAGGGUUACAGACCUGGGGCCGCACUACUCGGAAGGUGGAGUCUCAUGAGCAACGGGGUGUCCCAGCACUGACUCUCUCCCAGGACCCUGUUUCCUUCCUGGUCCUUUACACUCAGCCCUUCCACCUCCCGCUGACCCCCAUUUCAGGUACGAUCCC